GUUUGCUAUGAAAUUAAUUUAUAGACAUUAAUAGAUAGAUCUUGAAAUUUAUAAUGGCCAGUGAAAAAGGCAAAGUUGCUAUCAUAGGCAGGUAAAAUAUAGAAAUUUCAUAAUAGAAAAUGUGAAUUUUUAUAACAAUAUAUGUACACAUUUCAUAAAUAUUGAUUUGACUGAUGAUUGCAUAAUAUUUAGCAAUAUUUUAUUCCUACCAUAUUGUUGUGUUUUUAGUGGUUUGAUUGGCAAGUCUUGGUCAGUGGUGAGUAAAUAAAUUACUACAGAAGGUGCUUUCUCAAUAUAUGUGCAAUCCUAUCCUAAGCAGUCUGUGUCAGUGUUGGUAGCAAGAAAAACAUUAGAGAUAUGGAUCUGCAAUCCUAUCUUAACCCUGUAUAUUAAUUUAUGUAUAAUAGAUUUUGGUUGCUCGUAUAUCAAGAAAGUGCCCAAAAAGCUCAAUCUCUCCCCCACAGAGGUGUAUAAACCCUGAAAUGUAAGACAUCCAGACAAGGUGUAAAUGUGUGCUGCGUUCGCAGGGUAUUAUUAGGUAUUGUUGAAGAAUAUUGUCCCAUGAUGCGGGUCCCAUGAUGCGGGUAUUAUUAGGUAUUGUUGAAGAAUAUUGUCCCAUUCAACUCAUUAAGUGGCAACACUCACCUUGACGAGUAAAGUAAUUUGGCAUUAGACAGUAAAAUAAUAAAUUAGGGUGCAUUGCAGGGCACAUUAAAGUUGGUUAAAUAUUAAAUUAGCUAACAGUUUCCUUCCUUAGUUGAUAAAUCAGUUAGUUGGUCAUUUGUUUGCAGAAUGCCUGAAUUAGUAUAUAGUUCAUGUUUCAAACACGCAUUAGUCUAAAAAUGAAGUCAUUCCACUAUAGCUGUUCUGUCGGGCUGGAUACGAAGUGUAUUUAUAUGAUAUUGAUGAAAAACAAGUAUCAAAUGCCUUGUCUGGGAUUCUUGAAUCUUUACAAGAGUUAGAAGGCAAAGGAUUGCUAAAGAAUUCCAAAAUAACAUCUGCUCAAGAGGCUCAUAAAUUGGUUCAUGGCUGUAGUGAUAUUGCAGAAGCCAUUGAAGGAGCAAUUUACAUACAGGUUUGUAAAAUUAAUAUGAGUAUUCUUAUGUUCAACAUUGACCAGACUGCAUUGUUUGCAAAACACGCGCGGGAUGUUUGA